CUCUCAUCUACCCCAUUGCCUAGAUUUGCGCGAAAAACACACCACAUACCUCAUUACCGAUCAUGGCGACUAUAGAAGAGGCAGAGCGAAUUGUGAAGGAGGUGACGGGAUAUUAUGGAUAUUUGGAUCAUGAUAUGAUGGACGAUAUCGGACGUUUUAACUCGGAUUAUCGUCGUAGGAUUGAUGAAAACUGGCUCAAGAUGGAGAACGCCGCAUCGCAUUCCAUCAAAGUUUUAGCAAGAAACAUAUACGGGAGCGGUGCCAGAUUUGUGUUCGAGCUUCUCCAAAACGCCGAGGACAACACCUUUCGAAAAGCCAAUGCGAAGAAUGACCCCCCCUUUAUCUCCUUUCAGAUUCACCCAAAACAUAUUGUGGUUGAAUGCAACGAGGACGGAUUCAAUAGAUUAGAUCUAAAGGCGAUAUGCUCCGUCGGAGAAAGCACCAAGACUGCGGCACAUGGAUAUGUCGGCGCCAAAGGCAUCGGCUUCAAAUCUGUCUUUAUCGCCGCAUCUCGCGUGCAUAUCCGGUCGGGAAACUUCUCGUUUGAGUUCCGACACAACAGAAACGACCCGGGUCUGGGUAUGGUAAGACCCAUCUGGGUGACGCCGACUGAGACAAUUCCUAGCCCUCUGACUCGUAUGACACUUUAUUUACAUGACCAAGGUGACGAGGACGACAUACAGCAUCUUAAAACGGUCAUUGCUAUGCAAUUUGACGACCUUCAAGAGACCUGUCUUCUUUUCCUACGAAAACUGCAAAAGAUUAGCGUCGAGUUUUAUGACGGAGAGGGAAAUCUUCAACGCGGGAAGCAGUUUACGAAGCGGAAGAUCGACGACUACCGUGUCUCCUUGGAAACUACCAUAGCUUCAGGCAAUCAGUCGUAUACAACGAGCCAGAUGUUUCAUAUUACGAAGCAAUUAGCCACGGGCUUGGCGCAGAGUGAGAGUCGUGACCCUGCUACGACUGAAGAGGCACGGAGAGAUCUUACUUCAGCGGAGGUUAUCUUGGCGUUUCCUCUACAAAGUAACUACCAGCCUCAUAUUUCUACAAGGAGACAGGAACUCUUUGCAUUUCUACCCCUCAGGACUUCAGACUACAAGAACAAUCCUAUUGUAAGAUCAAGGAACAGGAGUGACUUGCGUUUCCUUCGUGAAGUCGUGAUAGCCUCGAAUGGCAUGAUAGGCGAUGGAGGCAAACUUUUACUCGACGAUCCCGUCAAGGACCCCUUUAUCUCGGCCAAGUACCCGUACAAGGCGACUGACCAUUUGAAACCGUAUGGGCUGCAGGUAGCGCACGUCUAUUUGUUUGUUACUCUACUACAAAGAGACCUCAGCCAGCAUAACUCCAAAAUGCGCGCCGACACAGCCACCAAUGACUGGCAUUCUUCAGUGGCCCGGAUGUGUUCCAAGAUAUGUGAAAACGGCUGGAAUGGAAGCACAUUGCUCAAGUCACUCGAAGUUCUGCCGAUGAGAGGUGGCGAAUGGACAGCAUCUACAUCAGGACCAGUUUAUUUUCCGAUGAUAGGGGAUACCGAAAUACCCGAGGGCUUGGGUCUCAAAGUGCUGAGCGAAUCUGCAACCACCAACCCAGACCGAAGCAAUCUGUUCAGGCAUCUUGGAGCAACAGAGGCCACAUACGAAGAUGUUCGAUUCGCAAUUUUUUCUUCCUUCAUUCACCAGCCAAGCUUUAGCUUUGAUUUCACUUUUGAUUGUCUCCGCUACUUGUUUCUAACACACUCAAGUCCUACACAUACGCGAGAAAGCUACAAGAGCUCGUUGACUUUUACUAAGGAAUUCAAAUUGUUUCGAACUCAAGACGAAAUAAUUUACCUGCCUGGGGAGGAUCAUCCCUUCAGUCCCAGCAGUCUCCUAGGAAAUGUCCAGGUCCCCCCAGAUUUUCCUGUCCACUUUCUCCAUCUUGGCUAUAUUUCUAUGGCACCGAAUCAGAGAAUCCCUCUCUCAUCUUGGAAACGGUGGCUCUGCGACUCCAUUGGUGUACAUGAGAGACUGACGAUCUUGUCAUCUAACGGAAAUCAGUUGUCGCAACCUUUUCAGUACGUCUUCAGUCAUCAUCCGGGCAAGUUUCUCGGCCUUUUUGAGCAUCUCUGGCUACUAGACGGAAGGGAGGUAUUGAAACACCCGACUAUUGUGUCUCAGGUAAAACAACUCCCUGCAAAGGAGCUUUGCAAAGUAAAAUUCUCCCCAAAUCUUGAAAAGACAUGGCUUCCUUUACGGCAGCUCAAAGAUUCUGUUCGCCGGUACAUGGAGCACCCGGAGCAAUUCCCUUUCCUCAUUAUUCAAAGUGAUGAUGAGACUGAGCAAAUUGGCUCCAAGUGGAAUUUCCUAAGCAAGCAUUUCGGCGUUGGGAAGUCCGACGACCUGGAGUUUCUUCUCGAGAUACUCCAUUGCAUCAAGAGAUCUUGCAGAGAUCCUUUGUCCAUCCGCCAAUCGCAGAGGGUAUUUGAGCUAUACAUAGCUAUCUACGCUAAGCUUUCCGUUUCCUCGAUACAGGGUGUAAUGCGAGCAAGGAUCAAGCAAUGCUUUGAUGGCAAGCACAUCCUCGCCCCAUACAAUGAAGAAGAGUCGACAUGGACGGAGCCUGGAUCCUGUGUCUGGGAUGCGCCAUCUGAUAUGGUCUCGGUUUAUUCUCUGAAGUCUCUCUAUAAGAGAAGAGGUUUGAGUGAUGAAGACAUGAGCAACAUUGCAAACCUUUUUCUUGGAACGUUAGGCAUACCUAACGUCACGGUGGAGGGUAUUGUGUUGGAACUCAACCGGCGUCGGGAGACUCGUGGAGACAACAUAGAUAACGGCCAGAUCUUGAGUCUAUACACAUAUUUGCAUGAGCAGAUGACUGUGACAUCUAGUGUAAGAACUGCAUUCGAAAAACUUCCGCUUAUUUUUGUAAGGCAACAAGCUGGGACAGGCUGGUACAAGACCUCUGAAUGCUUGUGGACCAGCACAGCACCAAUCCGUGGUAAAGUGACGCUUGAUGAGACCUAUGAAGACCUAAAGGCACUUUUCGUCGGACAACUUGGUGUUAAGUCACUUACAAUGCAAAUGGUCUAUGAUGAGUUGACGCAGUCUGCGCAGAACAGUGUAGAAGACACUAAGGUUGCUUUAUUCUCCUUUAAUGACUUCCUCCAAACCGAGAACGGCCAUUGGGAUCCGGAGCCUAUGAGAAGAGCCGAGAUAUUCCCCGUCAUCUAUCCUGAUGGCGAUAUCGUAUUGCGUUCCGUUAACGUAGACUUUGUCAUAGGAGAUCGGGAAAACCUACGAUCCAAGUUUUCCAACAGAAUUGGUCUCCUGGACUUUGACUUAGAGGGUGUUCAUCGAUUAAGACCACUAUUUGGCUGGCUGAAGAUUCAAGACCGAUACCUGUCCAAGUGCGUCAUGGAAACAACAGCAAUCUCAGGUGAUUCAAGGUCGCCAAUAUCAUCGCAGAAACGAGACCUAGGCCUCAAAGCCUACCAUAUAUGCCGGGUUGCAGCCACAUUCAGGAGUCCACGUUUUCAGCACGGCGACAAGUAUCUUUACAACCAAUUGCGUGCGAUGAAAGUCUUGGAGGUUGAAGGGAUAUCUUCAGUCCUGAAAAUAAGUCAGAAUGGCAGACGAUAUGAAGCCAAACUCUCGACAGCCAGUGAGCACAUCGACGAGCCAGCUGGAAAUCUUACAAUUUAUGUCCCACGAGAUCGAAGAGCGCAAGAAUUAUGUUUCGGUUCAGUUCUUCCCAGGAAGUUUGCAGCAUGGCUCAUGCGUAAUCCCGAUACUAAUAUUGACGGCAAUGUGGAGGUUGAUAUCGUCAACGCCAUGACUUCCAUUUUUGCCAGCGACCGUGCCGUUCUUGGUGAGAUUCUGGACGACCAGGGCGCUAUACAGUUGCAGUUUGACGAUCCGGACGAGCAUUUGGAUGAAGAGGAGGUGAACGGUGAGCAGGCCGAAGAUAGUCAUGCAUCUGAUUCGACCCCAGAACCUGGAAAUGAGGUUUCUGACCUGGUUCUCACUCCAACCCAUUCAUUAAUGAACGACGUCUCAAUUAGACCGGCGGCGUUGCCUGACUCUGAAACCGAAAUAGGGCUUUUGGAAACCGAGGAAGAGAUAGUUGAGAGCCAAAGCAGCACAGCCCAUCAAGUUCGACGAGGUGAUGGAAGUACUUCACGACCGGUACUUCAUUCUUCACCACCAGGCAGUAUUUCUAGUCCUCAGGAGUCGAACAGCCACCACGCAGUUCUUUCAUCUGCGUCCCAAACGAUCGAGGACCAGCGAUAUCGCAUGAUCCUCGAAAGAGUCAUCACGGCAGCUCGAAGAGCGAACUUCCCAUCCGGGGGAGCAUUCGACUUGAAUGACCUUCGAGAUGCCUUGCCUGAUGCUGGAGGUCCGAACUCAUACUUGAGUUACGAUGGGUUAGAUUUGUUGAGUAGGUUUCAGUCCACAAGCCAUCUGGAACGUGACAAGAAGAUCGGAGCUGCUGGAGAACUCUACGUAUUUGAGCUCUUAUCGAAGCUUGAGCUACCAGACUGGGGCCGUGGCAACUGGCAAAGUACUAUCAGAACAUACGCAAAUAUUCAUCCGGACUAUGCCGACCUGUCUCACUGGCCUAAUCGCGAAACAGCAGACCUGGUCUACUCAGAUACCGAAGGGAACCUGACAAACCUUUUGGUCGACGCCGAAAUCCUUAGUGAGGAUUGGUCUACAAGACGUCCCAGAUACUACAUCGAGGUGAAGACAACAACUGGGCCGUGUGGAACACCAUUCUAUAUGAGUGGAAACCAAUACCGACUGAUGGACCGUAUCCACCACAGUUCAGACUUUUCAGAAGUCUAUAUCAUAUUUCGUGUUUACUUCUUGCUGGACAGGGCCCAGAUUAAUUACUGCGUGUAUCCCGAUCCAAAGAGACUCCAAGGUGAUGGACAGCUCAUUUUCACUGGAACGACAUGGUCUGUCACUCCUGGGCCACAAGUAUAAUCCCUGAAUAGCAAUACUAUAAGAUCAGAUAGGAAG